AUGGGGAAGGGACACCCUAUACGUGGCACUGGCCAGAAGAAACCCACGUUCUACGAGCGAUUGUAUCAACACUGGCUUCACCUCAAGAGCGAAGAUACUGACAAUCGCUCCGAGGUGGCUGUGUCUGACCAGUGGAAGAAGCUCCAGCCUGCUGUAACAAAGUUCGAGGGGAUCUACUCAAAAUUGAAGAGCCAGGGGCGCUUGGGAUGGAACGAAGAGAAAGUCAUCUCUGCCGCGGAAGGAAUCUUCUUCGAGCGUCACAAACAACAGUUUGAGUUCCUAGCAGUGUGGAGUGCUUAA